CAAGGGAUUAUUUUGCUGCCCCUCCGUGCCAUAGGCAUGGCAUUCAUUCUACUGCUAGCAUGGCUGUUUGCAUCAAUUGCAACUUUCCGUCACCAUGGAAAAGGAUCUGUGCCACUUAAAGGAUGGAGAAGGAGGAUGAUCCAGACAACCCUCUCCUGCUUAACUCGUGCCUUGUUCUUCGUAAUGGGUUUCCAAGUUAAAGUAAAAGGGAAAAUAGCAAGUCUGCUGGAAGCCCCAAUCUUUGUUGCAGCUCCUCAUUCAAGCUUUUUUGAUGCCAUUAUUUGUGCCCUCACUGGAAUGCCGUCAACAGUGUCUAGAGCAGAGAACCUGUCAACUCCGAUAUUUGGCACAAUUUUAAGUUCCCUUCAGCCUGUAUCAGUUUGUCGACAAGACCCUGAUUCACGAAAGAACACGGUCACCGAGAUAACAAAGCGAGCAUUAUCAAGAGGCCAGUGGCCACAGAUACUGAUUUUCCCAGAAGGCACCUGCACAAACCGAUCUUGCCUGAUCACAUUUAAACAAGGUGCCUUUGUUCCACGAGUCCCUGUACAACCUGUGUUGCUCCGAUACCCCAACAAGCUGGAUACUGUCACCUGGACAUGGCAGGGCUACUCACUAAAAGAGCUGUGCGUAAUGACGCUGUGUCAGCUCUUCACAAGAGUAGAAGUUGAGUUUCUGCCUGUUCAUGUUCCUACUGAGGAAGAAAAGAACGAUCCCAUUCUUUUUGCCAACAGAGUCCGGCAAACAAUGGCAACGUAUGUAAUUGUCCCAGAAACUGAUUUUUCUUUUUUCUUAAUUUUGUUUCAGUGCUUUGAAUGUGCCAGUGCAGGACAGCUGACUUUACCCAUGGAAGCUGGGCUGGUGGAGUUCACCAAAAUUAGCAAGAAACUCAACCUAAAAUGGAAUCAUGUCAGAGAGCAGUUGGAUACCUUUGCUGCUAUUGCAAGUGCUUCAAAAGGGGGAAGAAUUGGAAUUGAGGAGUUUGCGGAGUACUUGAAGCUGCCUAUUUCAGAUGUCCUCAAAGAACUGUUUCUACUCUUUGACAGGAAUGGAGAUGGCACCAUUGACUUCAGAGAGUAUGUCAUUGGUUUGUCUAUUCUUUGUAACCCAGCCAACACAGAAGACACUAUUCGGAUGGCAUUUAAGCUCUUUGACAUGGAUGAGGAUGGCACUAUAACAGAAGAUGAGUUUGCCUGUAUCAUUCAGUCAGCUCUGGGGGUGCCUGAGCUUGACGUUUCUGUGCUCUUUAAAGAAAUAGAUACAGAUGAAACCGGGAAGCUGUCCUAUGAUGAGUUCAAGGACUUUGCAUUCAAGCAUCCAGAAUAUGCCAAGUUGUUUACUACAUACCUAGAGCUACAGAGAUACCAGUCAGAUAUGUUGGAGGAGGAGAACAUUGAGUCACCUGAAUUCAAACACAGCCCAGUUAGAAAGAGUACAAUCCCAGUCUCAGAAACAACACCAAUUGCAAGACAUAAAGUCUGUCCUGAAGGCAAUGAAGAGGAUAACUCAAGUACCUCUGACAAAAAGGAUGACUGA